AUGGUCAAAUCACGAAAAGGCAUGUACAGUAUCUCUGGAGUAUCUCUGGCUCACGUCGAUCCCCUGUGUCACCGCAGCCUCUGACGUGGAUCAACAGAACUACCUGCUCGCCGAAAUCAUCAAGGCCGCCAAUCCGCCUCCUUCGAUGCUCUUCAACCUUCUCCGCGACAACACCAUCCAGCCUCGAUGGGAAGAUAUACCUCUGCCGCCUGGUGAGUGCCACUGCUUCGCGACAAGACACCUCUGUAACAGAGUGCAAACACACGCCAAGUUUCGAAAAUACGUUUCAACAAUACCUUAAGCUGAGUGCGUUUAGGUCGCUCGCUAAAUUCCUGCCGAUACGCUUUCCUUGAAAUGCAGAGAUCACUAUCCCUGCAACCGAUGACAACGCCCAUGGUCCCCGGCUCGCUCACACCGACUCCCUUGUCACUGCCGCCCGUCACCCUCAAGCGACCAUACCAAUAUGAAGGCGGUUCAUACUCAGCUGGUGCCGCGACGGGCCGUGAAAUCCGACCAAAGCCACAUGCCAGCGGCAUCUCGUACUCGCAACCAUCACCAACCGAACCACCCUCGAAAAGAAAGCGCGGACGUCCUACAAAAGCAGAGGCGCAGGCCAAAGCAGAGCUCGCCGCUGCCGCUGCCAGCGCUGGGGAUGUUGGAUCUGUGCCGGUAGCUGUUUCUGCGCCUAUGUCCAUGAUCGCACCAUCUCGACCUUCCACUCAGACGCCAGCCCCCAUCAUCGCACCAUCUCCAGCUCCGUCACUCCCGACCACUACACAAGAACCAAGACCCUCGCAACCAGCAUCCACGAGCAUGCCCAUUGCCGCAAUGUUGACACCCAACAUUCGCGAACCAAAGAGUGCCAGUCAGUCCAGCUCCUCUUCAGGCAAACGUCGACGCGCUCGAUCAACUAAAUCGGAGCUAGAAGAAACUCCCCUCGCCCGCACGGGAGCCGAAUACGAAUCACCUUAUGGCAGAGUUCGCGGUGGACCUGAAGACAGCCCUGCACGAACCGCCGUCCUUCGACACCGUGAAGACCCUUCGCCUAGACCUCCUGGCGAACCCGAACCUGGUAACGAGCAACAACAGCAACAGCAUUAA